GUCCUCCUCACUCUCCCACUCCACGAGACGGCUUGACUUUCUUCGUCUUCUCCUCCUCCUCCGCUUCGCCUCCUCGCGCAGAUCCCGACGCACACCUCGCGCCCGCGCCGCCUAUAAAUUCCCCCGCCUCGCCGUUGCCGCCGCCGCGGGAAGCGAGGCGAAGCGAGGGAGCGCGUCUAGAUCCGCACCGGCGAAACGACCCAAGCUGCCUUUCCCGUCGCCGCACGCAUCAUCCGGGCUCUGUUGCUGCUGCUAUACCGCGCCCGUUCGCUGUAGCAGCAGGAGGAGGAGGAGGAGGAGCGGAGUGGUGGCGAUGGCGGCGAGGAAGAAUGCCGGUGUCCUCGCGCUCUUCGACGUCGACGGCACCCUCACCGCGCCCCGCAAGGUGGUGACGCCGGAGAUGCUCCAGUUCAUGAAGCAGCUGCGCGAGCAUGUCACUGUGGGCGUGGUUGGGGGAUCUGAUCUGGUGAAGAUUUCCGAACAACUCGGCAAAUCAGUUACUACUGAUUACGAUUACUGCUUCUCUGAAAAUGGCCUGGUCGCGCACAAGAACGGCGAACUCAUUGGAACUCAAAGUUUGAAAUCGUUUCUUGGAGAUGAUCAGCUAAAGGAAUUUAUUAACUUCACGCUUCAUUACAUUGCUGACUUGGACAUCCCAAUCAAAAGGGGUACAUUCAUAGAGUUCCGAAGUGGAAUGCUGAAUGUGUCGCCCAUAGGGAGAAAUUGUAGUCAAGAAGAACGUGAUGAGUUUGAAAAGUAUGAUAAGGUACAUAACAUUCGGCCUAAAAUGGUCUCAGUGCUUCGUGAAAAGUUCGCCCACUUGAACUUGACAUUUUCUAUUGGAGGGCAGAUUAGUUUUGAUGUGUUCCCACAAGGCUGGGACAAAACUUACUGCUUGAGAUAUCUUGAGGAAUUUCAAGAAAUCCAUUUCUUUGGGGACAAAACCUACAAGGGAGGCAAUGAUUAUGAGAUAUUUGAGUCUGACCGGACAAUUGGACAUACAGUUACCAGUCCUGAUGAUACAGCAGAGCAGUGCAGAUCUCUCUUCAUGUCGAAGUGACCUGAUUACCGUGCAUUUUAUUUAUUUUACAUAGCAUUCCUCACAUUUCCUGUAUUUCCCUUUUUUUUAUACCAUACAAGUGCUGCUUCUUACAGAAUGUACUUCUCCGUAUUCACAAGUUUCAGAUUAUAUGUGUACACUUUGGUUCAAAUAAAUGAGAGCUGGCAUUGUUUACCCCGUCUGGCUGGUUUUAAAA